ACCGGAUUGAGUCAGCCAGUCUCAAUUGACCAGUGCAUCGCUUCGGGUGUGUUCUUCCGCGCGCGCGAGUUUUUCUCGAUCCGUUCCGUUCCGGUUGCUUGACUUCCGUCCCGCGCUUCCCUUUCCAGUUAAGGCAAAAAUUUGCUGAUUAAAGCAAACUCACCACCGCGUAGUUCCUAGCUGAAACACCAAGAUGUCGCACUCAGUCGUUAUAACUCGGACGACAACCACCACCACUAGUACCUCGCAUCUGGUUCUCAACACUGGCUAUCUGAAAACGACUGCUGGAUUGCUGAAACUGGCUCAACUGAUUAUCGGUGCCGUCAAUGUGGGAAUCGUCGCAUGGUACAUGCGCCGGCACCACUCCGUCUAUGCCAGCGGAAAUCCGGAACUGUUUUUCCUGCUGAUGGCGGUGGCUUUCCUCAUAGGGACGUUCUGUCUGCUGGCGUCGUGUCUCGUGUCUCUGAGCACCGGGGGAAUCAUCUCGAAGACCAUCUACGAACUGGUCUACCACGCCAUCGGCUUCAUCUUGAUACUCACCUCGUCCAUUAUUCUGCUGUCGGAUGUCACCAGUGGACGGUACUACUCAUCGCUGAAGGAUGCCUACAUGAUUGCUUCCAUACUGGGAAUAAUCAAUGCGGCGCUCUACCUCUUUAGUACAAUUCUGGCCCAGAGAUCUUACCGAGGAAUCUAAGUGCUUAAAAAAGUCACCACCAUCUUUUUGAAAUUAAUUCAUUGCUUUUAAGAGCAGAAAAAAACUCAUAAAAUAUGCACAACCAUAAAUGUAAUACUAUAAAAGCUACACGUACUUCAACGUGCAUGCAUAAUAUGAAUGUCAUUAGAUGCCUCAAAAUUAUGUAAACAAAAACGUGUGCCUAGAAAUUUUAAAAGCUUUUUAUACGACAUGCCUUUCUUUAUACAAUGUUUCUACUAUUCUACAAAUUUUACGCGAGUUAU